AUGGCUCCAGGCUCCAGGUCUGGCCUACCACGGCUCCUGUGUGUCUCCUGGCAGUGGGCACUUACACAAAAGAGUCUUAGUGGUGCUAACUAUGCUAACUGUGUUGUUGCAGGCUGUGGUGAUCUGAUGGUGGCGGUGUUUGACUUCGCUCACAGUGUGUGUGCCCUGAGACUGACUGAGCAGCAGAUGGCUCUCUUCAGCUCACUGGUGCUCAUUAACCCAGAUCGCCCCUGUAUUGAGGAUAGAGGCAGAGUACAUAGAAUGAGGAGAGACUUGGAGCUAUGCCUCAGCCACAUGCUACGCAGAGACAACCAAGAGAGCCUUCAGCACAAACUCUACCAAAAGGUGUCAGUGUUGCAGUCUCUGUGCAGUCUUCAUGUGCAGAAGCUGCACUGGUUCAGCCAGCGCUACCUGCUCGUCGUCCACUCUGUCUUCCCUCCUCUAUACAAGGAGCUGUUCACCUCCGACCUGCCUUCGGAGGACUUCCUGUGAACUCCCUCUGAACUG